CCGCCAUGCAGAACCUGUACGAGCGAGGCCUUUUGGCCCGCUUUGUCAUAGAUGAGGCCCACUGUGUCAGUCAGUGGGGUCACGAUUUCCGUCCCGACUACAAGAGGUUGCAUGAACUGCGUCAGAAGUUCCCUAACGUGCCGAUGAUGGCCCUGACAGCCACUGCCACUCCCCGUGUUCAGAAAGACAUCCUCAACCAGCUAAAUAUGACUCGGCCGCAGGUGUACGUGCUCCAUCUCAUGCUCCGAUUUUUAAAAGAGUUCCAUUUUCAUAUUCUUGAAUUCAAACGGCCAACAGCUUUACAUCCAUCUUUAAUAACAAAAUAAAAAAUUGACAAUACA